AAGAAGAAGAAGAAGAAGAAGAAGAAGAAGAAGAAGACAGGUUUUUCACACUCCAUCCAGGAGGGGCGGUAUUUCAACUCCCUUGUUACUGACUGAAGCCAAAUAUCUCGGUGAAACACAGGGCCAGUGAAAACUUGGUUAAUGUUAGCUAGUUGCUUGACAGUUUGUUGUUGUCAGCACUUUAACACAUUUCCCAAAUUAUUUUCAAGGUUUUCCUAUUAUCACCCCCUUAAAAAAGUGGAGUCGUCCAACAUUAAAGGCUUUGCCAUCCAGCUGCUGGUGUUACUGUGAGAAUAUGCAGUCCAACAGGUCUCAGUACAGUAACAGUAGGCAGUACAGUGACAGAAGUUCCAGGAAUUGGGACGACUAUGAGGAUAAAUGGGAAGAGAGGGGUGAACCACAAAGAGAUAAGCUCAAGGAUUCUUAUCAGAAAUAUGGUGGACAUGGUAGCAAAGAGAGGACAAGCAGAAGCACAGAGUUCAGUGAUUCUCCUAAGAUGAUAUACAGCAAAGACUGGAGCGGAAAGAGCUCAGCCAGGAGAGGGAUGUCCUCACCUGAGCAGGGUGCUCCAAAAAAAAGGCGACAGUUUACAGAGGAUGACAAAGAUUACAGAUACAGACGUGAGCCUGAAGACACAACACCCAACAGUUUUUCACGUGCACAUGUAAACAAAGAUUUGAAAUGUACACCGUCACUGGAAGAGGAUUUCAAAUGCAGGAAAACACCUCAAGACUCCAAACAACGCUAUCGGCACGAGGAAUCCAGCUAUAGGAAACAACAUGACGACUGCAGACAAUCUUCUGGAUAUUACAAAGAUAGAGAUGAUCGUGAAAGGAGCAGAGAUGGUUCACAAGAGAGGACAUCUACGAAGAGUUACGCCGCACCAGGAGAGAGGAAUGACAGCCCUUCCACACACCAUGAGGAUUAUCGUCAAACAAGGUUUCCAGUGAAUGGGUCAAGUGGACAGUCUUUUGAGAGUGAAGUCACCACCCAUAGUGCUGCUGUUCCUGAGAAGUCAACCAUGGGCUUCCAGCGGUUCCUGGAAGUGCUCAAUAAGGGUGUGAAUGUGGACACUCUCACCCAGAUAGUGACUCGGAGCUCCCCAGAAGAGGAUGAUCGACCACAGUCUCCAACUUCUUUCACAAAAACUGAUAAUCCCUGGUCUCCCGGUUAUGCUGGGAUGCAACAGGAAAGCCACUGGAGCGAGAGAAAUGGACCCCAGAGACGGACUUCUCCACUGCCUCCUCACCAGUCCUUCAGCCCAAAGAGGUGCCCUCUGUCUGAUGAAGAGUCUCUGCAGAGGGGGGAAUGCUCCAACAGUAGAUCCAGGUCUCCCCCUGUGGUGGAAAAGAUCACACUGACACCUGAAGAGGAGCACAAGCACAGGCAAAUGCAGGAUGUUUUGCUGGCCAUCGGCAUGGAUUUAGGAUCUGAUGAACUGGGCCAGAUGUCACAUCGGAUCCAGGAGCGCCUGUAUGGAAAGAAGGACACUGACGGGAGACCCCUUCGCAGAGCAAGCAGGGAAAGGGAAACAAAGCGAGCGGUUUCACCAAGACAGCAGCAAGGCAGAUCCUCAUCAUCAAGCAGGUCUAGUUUUAGCCCAUCACUUAGGGAAUAUUACAACCAAAAAGACUUGUAUAGUGCUCAGAGGGAUAAAACGGAGGUAGACCAAGUACAGGCGCAAGAAGCUGUUGUUUAUGCACAAAAUAGCGACAGUAGCGCUUUACAGCAGAGUGAGAAAUGUCAAACGUACUCUCAGGACAGCAACGCUGCAUGUCAACCGAUUCCUCAAAAUCCUGCAUACAAUUAUCCACCCCCGACGCCUGUUAUGCCGAUGUACCCCCCAGUUAACAGUUCCCCGCUUCCGUACCCGGCUCUUCCUCCCAACAUGCCCCACUUCAGACCUGGACUAUUCAUGCCUCGCCCGCCUCCCUUCUUCCCUUACCCCAGUGUCCCACCUAUGAACAUCUUUCCAGGAGUACUCCCUCAAAUGAGGCACCUACUCCCACAGAAUAUGGGUAAUCCGUCCUAUUUUAACACAUUUCAGCCUCUGAACAUAGCACAGAGAAAAACAAUCACAAGGACCCGAUGUCUGCAGGUCAUUGAUACCAAACAACUUGGAUAAAGCAACUUGUGGAAAUCCGACUGACUGAUUAUAUAUUCUAAUAUAAAUCUUUUUGACUCUGGAAAACAGCAAAAGAUCUUGAUAAAAUAAAUCAGUUGGACUGUCAUGGACUUCUGUUUUUGACCACAAAAGACAUUUGAGAAUAUCCUCAGAGAAAAUUAACAUAAAAAAGCAACACAGUCAAUGACAUUAACACACCACAAGUUAACUGAAAAUACUUUUUUGAACUUUGUCCAUCUUUGUCUGUUCUUAUACCCUUAGUACAAUGUCAUGCUGAAGAAAAAUACUGUGUGAAAUAGAUUUUUGAAAAUGCUGCAUUCUUGAUUUAUGAAUACAUUUUAGUUUUAAUACCAAGAUUUAUUACAUUGUAAUUUUUGUUAAUUCUUGUCCUAUUGAAAUGGCACCGUAAAACGGUGUUUAGUCUUCAGAGGGAUUUGGCCGAGUCACGACUACAUAACAUGCUCUACUCUUAAGCUUCAAUGUUGUUGAAGAUGAGAUGUUUCCUUUAUGUGUUCAUAUGCAGAAAAUGAUCCUGUACAUAUUUGUAUAGCAAAACAUUAAACACGGUGAUUAUAAGUAAAUGGCUACGAGAUGUUUAAUUGCACUAUAUUGUGAAGAAGAAGCAGGUUAAUCACAAAUCGCUUCUAUUAUCUGCGUAUACAGUAUAGUUUGUAUGGAUACCAUGCUUGGAAAUGUGUGGAUUUGUUCACUUCAUCUAACAUCUGUUCAGCUGGAACUCUGUGGAAGAUCACAUUAGGACUAUUGAUUCUGUGAAAUAUGUAUUUUUAUUGAAAAUUGUAUUGUGUUAAUUAUUGACUCCAUAAAAAGAUUGAUGCUA